AUUUGAAUAAGGAAAUUCGAGGGCGGGGACCUGGCAGGAGACAUGAAAACAUUCCUCGUAAAAGCGAAGGCUCGCAGAGCCAAUUUGAGGCUGUGUUGAGUUGAUUCCAACAUUGAAUUCCGAUGCCUGAAUUCAUCAUGGAUGGAUCCAAAUCCAAAUCCAAAUCCAAUGGUGAGAUUUUUGCCAAGGAUCAUGAACAACAGCAUUACAUCUUCUCUGAGAGGUCUCCUAGAAGUCCAUUGAGCACACACAGUGUACCUCCUUUGAGCACCGAGGCCAACUCCCUCGAUCUAGCCAUUGAUGGAGCAGUCGACACCUCUAUCGACCAGCUGUACCACAACAUAUGUGAGAUGCAGAGCUCCCAUGAGUGUCAAUCCGGGCGCAGCUUUCUGUCCUAUGGCGAAGAGCCACGUAUCGAUUCUGAACUAAGGUUCCUUGUUGGAGGAGAUUACGAUAAUGUAAUGGAGGUCGAGGAAGUUGUCUCCAAGCUUGGCAAUGGAGGAGAUAACAACAAGCUUGAAUAUGCCAGUGAUGUUGUUAAUCCUUCAAGCAAUAAGUCCAUGUCCUCGGCACAGGCCAAAAAGUUCUCUUCAGGCUUGGAGGCCAUCCGAAAGGCGAGUUUGAAAAGCAAGACAUUCGGCGGGAGGCCACCAAAUGGAAAGCAAAGUGUCGAGGGUGCAAAAAAGUUGAGUACUGUUUCCUCAAUGAAAAUUGAGAAAACUCGUCCACUUGCAGGUGCUAAGGUGCAGAAUGGAGGAGAUGACAAUCACGGCGAAACAGAGUAUCUUGGGCCGUAUCUGCUUAAGCCGGCGAGGGACAUAAUAAUGUCCGGGGAUAACUAUCACAAGGCUCUCGAACUUGCUCUCCGGGCGAUGAAAUCUUUUGAGGUUUCCUCGAGUGAAAAGUCUAAUUUAGAUUAUGUUAUGUGUCUGCACAUUGUGGCAGCACUGUACAGCCGUUUAGGGCAACAUGCCGAAGCCAUCCCCAUUUUAGAAAGAUCGAUUGAUAUUCCAGUGAUGGAUUUGGGGCAGAACCAUGCUCUCGCAAAGUUUGCAGGGUGCAUGCAGUUGGGGGAUACGUAUGCGAUGCUCGGGCAGAUCGAGAAUUCGUUGCUUUUCUACGCUGCAGGUUUGGAGAUCCAACGACAAGUGUUGGGAGAAAACGACCCUCGAAUUGGCGAGACUUGCAGGUAUUUGGCUGAAACUCAUGUUCAAGCAAUAAAGUUUGAUGAGGCAGAGAAGCUCUGUUUGAUGGCUCUUGAAAUCCAUAAAAAGAAUGGCAUGUCAGCUUCACCCGAGGAAGCUGCAGACCGGAGACUUCUUGGGCUGAUCUGUGAUUUGAAAGGGGAAUACGAGAGGGCUCUCGAGCAUUAUGUUCUCGCCAGCAUGGCAAUGGCUGCCAACGGGCAGAAUGAAGAUGUUGCAGCAAUAGACUGCAACAUUGGCGACGCGUGCUUAUCCUUGGCACGCUACGAUGAGGCAAUUUUCGCAUAUCAGAAAGCUCUAAACAUGUUUAAGUCAUGCAAAGGAGAGAAUCAUCCCUCGGUUGCUUCGAUUUACGUUCGCUUGGCAGAUUUGUACAACAAGAUAGGGAAGUUCAGCGAGUCGAAAUCCUACUGCGAAAAUGCUCUUCGAAUUUACAACAAGCCGAGCCCCGGAAGCCUUCCGGAGGAGAUUGGCAGUGGAUUGGUUGAUAUUUCAGCUAUAUACGAGUCGAUGAACGAGCCGGAGCGCGCAUUGCAGAUGCUUGAAAAGGCAGUAAAAGUGUAUGGCAAUGCACCAGGACAAGUUAGCAUAAUUGCAGGGAUUGAGGCUCAAAUGGGAGUCUUGCACUACAUUUUGGGAAGCUAUUCGGAGUCUUAUAAUUCUCUGAAGAACGCUCUGACUAGGUUUAGAUCCACAGGAGAAAAGAAAUCAGCUCUUUUCGGGAUCGCCCUUAAUCAGAUGGGGCUUGCUUGUGUGCAGCUCUUGAUGAUAAACGAGGCUGCUGAUCUGUUCGAAGAAGCAAGAACUAUUCUUGAAGCUGAAUGUGGACCGUACCAUGAGGAUACAUUAGGGGUUUACAGCAAUCUUGCAGGAACAUAUGAUGCAAUGGGCAGGACUGGUGAUGCAGUAGAGAUAUUGGAAUAUGUUGUGGAGAUGAGGGAGGAGAAGUUGGGAACUGCAAAUCCAGAGGUGGAAGAUGAGAAGAGAAGGCUGAGUGUUCUUUUGAAGGAGACAGGAAUGGUGAGGACAAGAAAAUUAAGGUCAUUGGAGAAGCUGCUUGUCAAUAAUAAUAAUAAUAAUUCACACAACUUUAGGCCUUAUGUUGAUGGUGAGGUUGGGGAGUAGGGUUCUUGAAUAUACAUACUAUUAUAUAUAUAUAUGUAUAUAUACUUACUACUAGUGAUGGGAUGGGGAUGAGAUUGGAACAUCUGGUCUGAGGUUUGAUUUCUUCUACUUAUUUUUUCUUGUUCUCAUUCUUUUUAUGAUUUUCUUUUGACUAGUCUAGUCUGUUGGAUUAGUUGUGGUUGUGUUUUUGGUGGGGAUUGUGUAUUUGCAAGAUUGAGUGUAUGUAUGUAUGUAUAUGUAUACUAUGUAAAGUGAGGUAUUUGAAUGAGCUUUGGGUGGGUGUCAAAUGUAAAUUGUUAUGUACCCUUCCCAGCAGUUUCAUCAAGUUUCCUCUGUCAACUACUAUUUUUUUUCUUUUUUUUCUUUUUCCGCGUGUGUACAAUGCAAUGUAAUGUAAUAU